AUGAAGUCUCUUCGAACUCAUCGCUCCAAAUCCCUCCCAAGCAACAACUCAUCCAAAAAGUCUCUCUUUUCCAAAAUCUCCCGUCGUCUAUCUCUCAGUUCUCGUAAACGCUCCGACUCCGUUCGUCUAUACGACGAGAGCGACAAUGAAAGCACAAUCCAAGUGAUUCCUCAAGAGUUUCAACAGCCGCCCACACAAUCUCGCUUUGCUCGACGAGCUUCCCGAUUCUGGUCUGUUUCCUCAGCAAACCAAUUCGACGACGAGUACUCUAUGCCUCAAUCGCCGACGUACCCUUCACAUGGAGGCGCUUACGUACCACGCCAUGCAGCAAGCGACUUUUCAAAGACUGCUACCAACCGUCUGACCAUAAUGGUCGAGGCCGAUGAGACGACGCUUUGUUCAUACAACUGCCGCGCCGACAGGAUGGGCAGAAACCACAGUAUUACGGACAGCGAGCCCGACGUUGAUCAUCGCGAGCGAGCGCUUCGAGCGUUGACUGCAACACGCAGUAGCACCCUCUCAAGUCAAGCAAGCAGCGACGACUACACUCUCUUCCUGGCCGACGCCGCAACAAGUACAGAUGCUCGACGCAGAAGAUCAGCAGCAGCUUGGGCUGAGCUCGAGCACAGAGCAUCAAUGAUGAACAUGAACCACAGAACCAGUGGCACUGAUCAUCUUAUCCCUCGACAGAACCGCGCGCAGAGCGCUUAUCUGGGUGUUCCUAACAGCCCAUAUGAAUCGCCAAGACCUGUGAGCUCCAGACCUGGAAGCUCAGUGGCUAUGAGCAUCCAUGAGUAUGUUAGGCCCGCGCAGGUUGGCAGGGCUUGGUAG